AUGUCGAUUCCUAUGACGCAAUUGGGCAGUCGCGCCUUCCAUCAUGAGGAGAACCCCGACGUUGAGCGCGAGUACGACCAUCUUCGCGACAUGGCCCGCGCCGAAGCCCAGAAGCGUGGCGAUUGCUUCGAACGUUCGAAGCGCGCGUACGAAGAUGGCGACGGCGCCAGAGCAAAGGAAUUAUCCAACCAGGGCAAGGCUCACGGUGCCAAAGUGGACGAGUACAACCGCCAGGCGUCCGAGUACAUCUUCCGCGAGAACAACGCCCCUGGCCGUGUCGACGCCGAUAGCAUCGACCUCCACGGCCAAUUCGUCGAAGAGGCGGAGCGCAUUCUCGAACAGCGCAUCCGCGCGGAUCAGGCUCGAGGCCAGACGCACUUGCACGCCAUUGUCGGCAAGGGCAACCACUCGGCCAACCACCUUCAGAAGCUCAAGCCCAAGGUGGAGGAGCUCUGCCGCGAGCUGGGCCUCAGUUAUAGCACAGAGGAUAAUGCUGGGCGGAUAUACAUCAAUCUCCAGGGCGGAGAGCCAAUUCCGCCGCAGCAUGGCGGAUAUGGCGGCGGCAAUCAAGACCAGGGAUACCAGCCGCAUCACGGACAGCAGCAGGGUGGCCAGCACCGGCCUCCCCAGCAACAACAUCACCAGCAGCAGCAGCAGCAACAGCAGGAGGACGAUUACGACGAGGGCCUUCUUCCACUUCUCCUGCGCAAGUUGGAAAAGGCUUGCUGUACGGUUAUGUAA